AGAAGAGAUGCUUCAAAGACUCCAAAUCCCUCCACCAAAAUCUUCAUUUGUUGAGCUGUCAGAAGAAAUGCUUCAGAAUUUUGUAUUCGUAACAGCAUCAUCAAGGAAUCAUUUUAAUGAGAGUUUGGAUCUGAUAGGUAGCAUACAGACCUAUUAUCCUGACCGAGACAUUUAUUACUAUGACAUUGGCCUUGAAGAUGAGAAUGUGGCAAAGAUUAAAACAAUGUGUAGAGUGAAGUACAGGCAGUUUGACUUUGAGGCUUAUCCCCCACAUGUCUCCAUUAUAAAAACCUAUGCCUUUAAACCACUGAUAAUCAAGGAGAUGAUGACAGAGCACAGAGUAGGUGUAUUCUGGGUUGAUGCCUCAAUUCGUAUUAAAACAGGGGGAACAGAGACACUAUGGAAGAAAAUGAAAAAUGGAAAUGGACUGGUACUUUUUAUCAAUAAAUUUACAAAUCGAAUAUAUGCUGUGACCCACAUUGAUAUGUAUGAGUUUCUCCCAGCAGAUGAGCAAGAGAUGAGAAGACGCAAUGAAUAUGGAUGUGGUGCACUUUUAAUAUACAACACCAAAUUUGCUUAUGAACAUUUCUUCAAAUGGUUUGUGUUGUGUGCAUUAAAUGCAGAAUGCAUUAAACCAGAUGGUUCCAAAAAACAAUGUGAUGAAAAGCAAAAAGAUAUAAGUGCUUAUCGGAAUUGUCAUAGAUUUGACCAAUCUGCUUUGAACAUUCUCAUAAGUAACAUGUACAAUUUUCAGGGAAGUUUUCAGGCUGAAAUUUGUGACACUAAAAAGCUCUCUGUUAUAAGAGGGGAAACAGAAAACAAGUUUGAAUUAAACUUCUGUGUGUAACAUCAGCAUUGUGGACCUUUA